AUGACAAGUGCACAUCAUAUGAAAAAGCAUUCCUCUUCUAAAGUUAGCCCAAGUUCAAGUGAGCACAAGCACUCAAGAUCCAAACAUGUCUGUAGUUCCAAAACAGAGGUUAGCAAAAACUCAGUCAGCGUCACAUGCACUAUUUAAUCAAUGGCUGUUACAUGCAUAUGAAGUUUUGAUGACUAUAUUUCUCCACUUACUUUUUAUCUUAAAAUUAUGCAUUUUUCUGAAAACCUUAGCAUUCCAAGAGUAGGAAAGAGCAGUUAAAUGACCCUAACAUUGCCAUUAUUUCGAAGAACAGAAUUACGGUAAGUAAAUGCUUUGGAAUGGUAGUAAAAGGAAACUGUUCCCUAAUCACAAACACAUAUAUUUCUGAGUAUUUUCAAGCUUCACCAAUAAAUAGAAUAGACAAAAAGUUAAUCAGUUGUUUAAUACCGAUGAUAUUUGGAGAGAGUCAUAUAGUUUUGUAUCAAGCAUUUCAGUUUUGUAAAACCAGCAGAGGACUAAUCACUAAUAUGGUGCUUGUACAAAAAUAAGAUUGCUGUCAAAUGCAUAUGGCAAUUUUGAGCUGAUAGCUUACUGUAUGUUGUACAAUCAGGAUCUAUGUACAAUAAGAUUUUUUUCAAAGUCAAGUUAAACAGGGUCUUGUAAUACUGGGGGAGUUAUAAACACUUCAGGCUAAUAAUAUGUUUAAAAUACUGGAUUUUCUUUCCUUGCAUCAAAAGUCUGCCAAAAUGAUGUAUAUGGCCAAUUUAUUGCAAUAACAGUGUUCAAAAUUAUGCUGAACAAGAUACCUUGCUUGUAAAAUUGCUGCUGAUCCUGGAUGAUUUUUAAUUACUUUGACCAUUAUAAUUCAAUUGAUCAUGAUAAUUAUUUCAUUCAAGACCUCAUUUCUCUUUGCCUGGAUAAGGAAUCUCAUAAUUUUUUUUAGUAUCUAAAUGUAAAGUUAGAGACAACAACAUCUGAAUCCAUCAGGUUCUUGUGUGUGAAAGUUUACUUUAUAAGUAAUUUCAUUUAUAAAUGACCAUGUUUCAUGUAAAUUGUAGAGACAACUGGGUAUAUACAACAAGGCCAAAAGAUCAAACACAAUUUUGAGAGGUGAGAAAAUAACAAUUGUAAUAUUGGUUUACAGCCUGUAAAUACAACUGCUUUGCAUCACCCCUGGAUCAAUGGGAGUGUUUCUAUUAGCAUAAAUCUCUCCUAAUUUGUUUGUACCUUAUUUGGUUUGGCAGAGAAUCUCAAGCAAAAAAUAUGUAAAAAGGUAAGUGGUAAAGCAAACAUUUACAUAAUAAUAAUAAUUACCAUUGAGUUGAAAAUAAACUAUUUAUUUUCUCAAUGCUGACAGCUUUCUAAGGUGACUUAUGUCCAAGAAAGCUCUCUGGAAAGUGUGUGUAGUUGCAAGUUACAUGUUAACAGUUGAAAAGUUUAGAGUGUAACUUACAGCCCUUCUAGUGAUGAUAUUGUCCAAAUCAGCAUAUUUGACAGAAGUUCUUUCACAUUUCUUAGAAAUUUGAAAAUGUCAAGGCAAAAACUGCAGAAGAUAUGGCUAAAGUACUAGAUUGUUCCUCCUUCAAAAUAUACUUAUCUUGCAGUGGCAGUCUACAGGAAGGUCAAGGUAAGUUUCCAGCUAUUACACUUUAUUUCCAAAUGAAAUUAUUACAUAUGAGUUAUGAUCAUGGGUACCGGUAAACCACAAUAAUUUUUUUCCAAAACAGAUUCUCCAGUCCAGCACAUUUCUGGAGAAAGAGACUCUCUGUAAGUUGAUAUUUCAGUCUAAGUUGUGUUUUCUUAAUAAUUUACAAUAAAUAAUGAUAAUAAUGAUAAUAAUAUAAUACAUAGAAAUGAUUAUUUAAAAAAAGAUCAAGGUGGACAAUAAAUUGGCAUCCUAUUCCUUGCAGUGUGAAUUCUUGCCAUACAUUGACAUAUAUUCACAUUAUUAUAAUAGUAUUUUCUUUUUAAUUUUUAGAAUACAGAGCUCUGCUGGUAGCAGUAAAACUCAGAGGUAUUAAAUUUACCUUUUUAUUACAUAAGAAUAAGUAAUAAAGUGUCUUAAGAAAUUUCUCUAUCUGCCAGAGUGCUUGGCCUUUGGUUCAAUCAUGGUUAUUGGCAGAACAUGUAACUGUUCAUAGUUAUUUCCACUUGGAGAGUUUUAAGACAAAGUUAGAGAACCCAGAUGACUAGGAUUCCUAUAAAGAGGAUCAGUGGCACUCUCUGUCCACUCUCUGUGGGCAUUUUUUUCCAUCCUUGUAUUUGAUAUGUGAAUACCUUACUGAUAGCUCUUGCAGUUCCACUGGUAGAUACAGCAACCCUGACAAAAGUAGAAUUACCCCAGUGCGAAGGAUUACUCCUCGACAGAUUACACCUCAAAGUGAAUCUAUGCUAGCAUUUAAGGUGUGUCUGUUGUAUGUUUUUUUUUCCUUUAAUCAAUAUUGCACCAUGGAAGGUUUGCUUAUAUACAUGGUCUUGCUUCAAAAGUGGUAAUUUGUAGGCCUAAAUUACUACUAAUUAUCAAUGCAAAUGGUAUGAAAUAUAUAUAUUAUUAAUAAUAAAGACAGUGAAAUUAUUUCUAUUAUGAGACAAAAACUGUUCUCACACCUCUUUUAGACACCACUACAAGAAAUAUCAGAAAAUUUAACUGAAUCCUUGAGACCCUUGGAGACAUUUCAUGGAAGAAGUAAGAAAACAUAUUUUCUGAAGAUUAUAACUCUUGAUAUGAGAAGGUCGCUAACAUGUCUAUGUCUUACUGAUCCAUGCAUGUACUUACAAGUCUAGUUGAUCAUAUAUUCUGAUUGUGCAGGUGGGAGUGGUCAACUACCACAGGGUUCCAAUCAUUUGUUGGUAUACUUUUAAGCUAUUGCUGAAAUGUUAGUCCCUUCGUCUAAGAAUUUACAUGCUACAGUUUAAACAAAAGUCCUUACUAUUUUAACCAAAAGCCUUUGUAUGAAUUGACAAUUUUUUUUUGUUUAGAAUAUAGUUUUCCGUUUCCACUUUUUUUCCCUGUAGAUUACUUGGUUGAAGUCCGGGAACAACUGAGAAAAAUGAUUAAACAAAGGUAAAUAGAUGCAGAUUUUAUUUUAAAGAAAUAAUCAACAUGUUUGACCCAAAAACUAUAUUUGAUCCAGAUUGCUAUUUCCAUUUACUGAAGAAGAUGAGAGAAUUGUUAUAAUAAUGAUAACUAAGGAUAUUUUGGUCAAGAUACCAGGACCAACCUUGAAAAGAUUACCACAGGGAAUUUUCUAAUGAAUACAUUUUUCAAGUUCUGUUAAUAGCCAAACACAAAGUAGUGCAAAAAAUGUUGGGGUAACCUCUCAAGUCCAAAAGCGAUGUCUUAAAAGAAAAUCAAAAGGUACGUGCAAAUAACAAACUUAGAUUGUGUGAUAUUCAGCACCACAAAAUAGCUAUCUACCUGGCAUCACAUUUCCUUUGUAUUGGGAAACAGAGCCUAUUGUAUUUACCUUGUUUUGUCUUAACCUCAGAUGAAAUUGCAGCUUCAACUGGGUACAUAGGAAAUGAAAGUACAGCUCAGGGUAAUGAGAAACAUCACUGUGAUGACUGCCUACUUCAAAAUGAACAGCACAAGAAUUUGGCUGCCAUGGAGAGUCAGUCACUGAAGACAAAAGCACAGCAAGUCAAAGUGACUCAAGUAGUUUCUACCAAUGCUUCAAGAGUUUAUUCCUGUACAGAAACAGUUCAACCAAAAGAAUACCAGGUAUUGAAGAGUUAGCAGUAAGGAUUUAACAUGAUAAUCUCCUUACAUAUAUGUAAGAGCUCUGGAAGGAUGGAAAGUUGAGAAAUCAUAAGAGUGAGGAAAUUAAUGGUGUAUGAAUUUUUUUGCCAACUAUUAUUUUGUUUGAAAAGUUAUCACAAGGAUCAACCAGUAGAGAACUUGUUUUUGGUAACUCUAGUGUAAAUUUCCUAUGCAGGAUCCAUGCCCUAGUGCUGUGGAGAAAGAGGCAAGACAUAAGGAGGAAAAAGACCAUAACUACUUGUAUGUCAGUGAUGUUCGCAGAUGUUUGUUUGAGCAAAGAAACUGUCAGUUUCCAACUACUGAUACAAAAGUGUACACUUCUUCAAACAACAGUUCCUCAUUGGACAUUCUAGACUUUCUUGAUGGAGUUGAACAGGAAUCAAAUGUUGUGAACAGUCAACGACACAAAGGUUAUGAGACCCCUAACCCACAACUUGUUUCUCCUCCAAAAAAGCCAAAUCUAAAAUCACCAACUCCUGAGAAGAGAUUCUAUCCCCACAAGCUAUACUAA